CACACAAUCAAUCAAACUAUCACAAAUCAACGCAGAAGCAUUCAUCAAGCUCUUUAGUUUCCUUGAAUUCCAAUAUCAAUGGCGAACUCUGUGGCAUUCAAGCUUGCCUUCGUUGCCCUCGUGUGCAUGGUGGUGGGUGCACCAUUGGCCCAAGCUACCAUAUCAUCAUGCGGCCAGGUGUCAAACUACGCGGCACCCUGCAUUCCUUACUUGAAGGCUGGUGGGCAAGUUCCACCAGCAUGUUGCCAAGGGAUCAGGAAACUGAACGGCGCCGCUCAGACCGCACCUGAUCGCCGAACCGCUUGCACCUGCUUGGUCAACACUGCUACAAAAGUCCAAGGAAUAAAACCUAACCUCAUCUCUGGACUCCCUGGGGCCUGUGGCAUCCGCCUUCCUUACCCAAUUGGACCGAACACUAAAUGCAACAGUAUCCAGUGAAGCUGAUGGAGAAGGAGCCCGUAUUAAGUUGCAUAUUAAAAUAAAGUGGGUGCUGAAGAAUUAUCUAUCAGCUCUCUUGUAGUACAUGGUCGUUGUUUGUGAAAUUCUCUUAACAAGAUCUGUAUUACCUUUAUCUUCAUGAAUAAAACUGCAAUGAGAAGUAAUAUAUGUUCUAGUUUUUUAUCCGCAAA